CAUUACCCGCCUCGGCCUGUGUACGCUGAGCUUGACUGGGAGGAGGUGGGAUCUAGCUACUGGUGGUCGUGGGCUUGCGGGCGUUUACGUGCGAACCGUGUAGAUUGCCAACGACUGGGCAUUUUUCUGGGGGGGAGAGAAAUAACGACAAGAAAGCCCCGCUUGGGAUCCCCUGCCUCCCUGCCAACGACACACAUUCAUCCACCACUGUUAUCUGCCUUCUUACUUUAUCGUCGUUUUCUGCCAGUGUUUCCCACUCAAACCCAGCGAGAUUCCUACUAACAACGACCGCCACCAUCAUCAACAUUACAGGCUGGGGCUGUGUGAUGAGGUCGCCCUGCCGCAGGGGUUUGGAUAUUACGUUAAGAUAAGGCGGUUUUUGUUGUCAGGGUAGUCUUGCUUUCUCGAUUACUCGCUUUCGAAAGCCUCCCAGCACCCCGAGUGUGUGAAGAAAUACACCGCAGGAGAACGCAGCUACUACUGGGGCUGAGGGAAUCGCUGACUAUCCAUGAGCUCCGAUUUCCCACACUACAGUUUCAGGAUGCCAAAUAUAGGGUUCCAGAACCUUCCCCUUAAUAUCUACAUUGUGGUUUUUGGGACAGCCAUCUUUGUCUUCAUCCUCAGCCUCCUCUUCUGCUGCUACUUAAUAAGGUUACGGCACCAGGCGCACAAAGAGCUGUAUGCAUACAAACAAGUCAUUCAGAAGGAAAAGGUCAAAGAACUAAAUUUGCAUGAGAUAUGUGCAGUGUGCUUGGAGGAGUUCAAACAGAAAGACGAGCUGGGGAUUUGUCCAUGCAAACAUGCCUUUCAUAGGAAGUGCCUCAUUAAGUGGUUGGAGGUGAGGAAAGUGUGCCCGCUGUGCAACAUGCCCGUCUUGCAGCUCGCCCAGCAGGCCGGCAGCACAGAUGCCGCUGUGCCAAUACAGCAGCCUCUGCCUGGCAUCGAGAACCUGGUGUAGCAGACUCAACCUCUCUCACUCAGUACACUACAGACACACAAACACACAUCCCAUCACUCAUGCUCUCACCUGUACAGGUACACUUUGGUAUGAGUCUGUGGACAGACCGGAGAAAGUGGAGUUACUGCGCAGAUACUCACAAAAGCAGUGAAUCGGCAGCCAUCGUCACCUCUCUUAUCUUUGCAUUGGUUCCCAAAAGGAUUUCCUGAUAUCAGUACUGACUGAUAAUCAGCUGUUUCCAUGUUUUUCUUUUCGCGGACAAUGAAGAAGAGUUGAUCUAGUGGAAGUUUCCUUCUCGGCCAUGAUGUGGUCGAUGACUUUUUCACAACCAAAGCACUUUUCUGGGGACACCAGCUAAAGACCAGGAUGAAAAAAAAAAAAACCCUUAAGCCAAGAACUACAGUAGACUAAAAUAUCAUUUUUUUUUUUCUUUUAACAAGCACUUUACGAGAAGUCAAACCUUAAUUGCUUGUGAUCGUAGUAGCGAGGUUAUGUUUUAUAUUUUAUCAUUUACUAUUGUUUCUGUGCACAGUUCAAAGCCACAUGGGUUUUCAUUUUUAAUUAGUAAACUUUAAUUUUUAAAUUAAAAAAAUAUAUAUAUAUCUCAAAGGGACAACAAUACUUACGUCGGUAGAUGUCAGGAUAUUUGGACAAUAAUUUCUGUUCAAAUUGCGCGCACACACACACACACACACGCACACACACACACACACACACACACACACACACACACACACGCACACACACGAGAAAAUAACCUCAAAGCAACCUCCAGACUUUAUGUCUGACUAAAUGUGAAAGGUUUGAAUGUGUUGAAACCCAGAAUUUUACACACAAAUACAAACACUAACACACUUUAUAUGAAGCCUAUAGAAUUUGUUCUCUCAUCACCUGUUUGUCAUUCAUUCACGACAAUGUUACUGUUGUUAUUAUACGUUUUUUAUUACUCUGUCAAAACAGAAAGGUGAUAUAGUGAACAAAUUAUAUUUUGAAUAAACAAAUUCGCCGGGUAACAUCCUCUACAUACGAGUGCUGUUAGGCAAACCCAGGCUAUAUGCUGUCAACCCAGGCAUCACUCAUGAUCUUUCUCUUUUUUUGGGAGGGGAGGGGGAUAGUUCAGGACCUCUCCAACAGAAAAUCUAAAUUUCAAAGUAACUACUUCAUCUACUGUGAUUAUCUAAGUAGUAUCGGUGUGUUUAACCUGGUGCUUUGUUUUUAAAACGGUUUUACAGAACAAACACCAGUAAUGAGGCAAUAUGAAACAAAAAUCUAUAAAAAACCAUAAAUGUUCCAGUUUUAUCUUGCUCCGUUGCUGCAUUGUUUUUUGAAGCUGAGCUGUGUGAAUGUUACGAUGGCUUGAGACACUUCGCAAAACAAAGCAACACAAUUUCAAACUCUUAUCAGUUAUCUUUGCUUCUACCCCCGUAGAGUAUUUCUAUUUAUUUUUUUUAAUUUAUUAUAAUUUCUUGGUACAGCUGCAUUGAGUGAAUGAGUUAGCGGAUUGACACCUGCAUCACAAGUACUGCCCUCAGCAUGUCAUCAGCAUAUCUUUUGGUGAAGAUACACACUACUUUGUAAAACACACAUACAUGCACAGAGGGAGGGGCACAGGCCCCCCCACCCCCCUCUGCCCGGGCUGCCAGAGAGUCAGUGGUUGUCAGCAGGUUGUAAUGAAGCAGCAUUUUCAUUCAUACACCACACAUACAGGGUAGUUCAGCUUUUUGGCUGCAGUAUUCUGGUGCUUUCGCUUCUCUCUCUCUUUCUGUACGGUACGGGGUGCUUUUUGUGUUGUGCCACACAUACAGUAACUCUGAGCCCUGCUUUUGUGUAUGUUUUUUUUGUCCUCAUCUCUUUUUAGCUGCAUUUAGUAAAUGUGUUGUGGGGAAACGUGCUGAUGUAAAAGGGGGCUAAAAAAAAAGAGCUGUGCUUCACAGUAAUGGCCCUAAGAUAAGUUGGAGAUUAUGUUUUACCUGUGAUAUGUAUUGUCCAAUGACAAUCAUACAUCUUCUUUAAAGGCACAAUCCGUGAUCCAAAUGUAAAUGCAAAUAGUAAAGAGUAGUUCCACUGUGUGUGUGUGUGUGUAUAUCAUAUAUAUAUAUAUAUAUAUUUAUAUUUAUAUUUAUAUAUAUAUAAACCUGCUGUGGGGACAAACAUGAAGAAAUACCUUAGACAAAAUUUAAAUCUAAUCUGAUCUUUUCAUAGUGUGUUAUGGUGCUGUAAAAGGCCUGUGUUGAUGAUGAAAAAUCAACAACUAAACAGGUUUAUAUUUGGAAUUCUGAUAAGUGGAAAAAGACACCAAAAUGUAAUUUGUCUGCAAAUAUCUUAUACAGUACAUCAAAUUUAAACAGUAAAAAAUUACUGAUUGUGCCUUUAACAAUACUAUAUUUCCAAUUAAAUUCUAUUCUCUAAUGCCAAACACUGUCAUGGACAGAGUUGCACAGGUUCCCAAUACAUAGGCGGUGCGACAAGUGACAAUGCAUUUCACCCUCUGUGGCAGAAAAGCAUUAUUACUUUCACCUCUUUGUUUUGAAUGUUUCAUCUCUGUUGAAUGUCUGCCCACACCCCACAGUGAUGACCUUUGUGGUGGGGUCAGAGCAUGCAGCAAGGUGAAAAUGUCAACAUUUAGAUGAAAGCAAAAGCAGUUCUCUGUCCCAUGUGUAGCAUUUCAGUCAGCACUUACAUGCCCUAAAAAAAAAAGUCCAGGCCUCAUAUAGAAUGCGUUGCUAUGCUACUACAGAUGACAAACCUUUUAGCACUUAGCAAACUAAAAUGAAAUCAAAGAAAGAUGUUGUCCACAUUAGCCUUAUUUGAACAAAAUCUGCCUCAAUUACAAAAAAAGACCAGGACUAUGUUAAUUGGCAUUAUCACAACCUCUUCACUCUACAGUGGAUUGAUGAUUUACUUUAUGAUUGAAGUACAUCAUCUGGCCUGUCACUGAAAAGGUUGUGGUUUUAUGUUGAACAAAAUAUGCAACGUAAAAGCCUUCUUCAGUAGGUUGUGUGAUGUACUGUAUUUGGUACCUUCUUACUUCUCAGUCUUUGGUUAUGAAGAGGCAGUGGCUGUUUCUUAGAAUAUAUCUCACUUAUAUCUCACUGCACAUGUUACAAAGUGAGACCCAACAUCCUUGGUCACGUAUUAUUCCCCAAAACUUCACUUAAACUAAACAUUAGCAAGUAAUUCUGCCACUGUCCCCAAAACAUGACACAUUUUGUAUCUCAGUGCUAAUAACAAAAGUCUUAAAGCUUUGUUCCUGCUAAUUUUUUUUGUCUUUGAAUGUAUGAUUCACGAGAGAAAGAAAGGAAAAUGAGAUUUAAUGUGAAAGCAUGCUAUUUUGCAUAGUCAAGUUGCCACUGAUAUCACCAUUGUUAAAUGUAUGUAGAGAGUAGUGUCAGUUGUAGUGUAUUUAUACAUAAGGUGCACAAGAAAUGCUCCUUCAUAUAAACUAAAUGGCAGCUGAACACUUCUGCCAUUUGGCCAUCUUAAGUGUUGUGUUUGAUUGUAAACACUUUUAGCCUUUCCACCUGUACUUCCCUGUUUCCCUCCUGUGUGCCGUCCUAAUCCCACUUAAAACAAAGUGCCAACCCAGAAUGAAGUGUUACGAAUCAAAGUCCGAGCCAACAAGAAAGAAGGUCCCACGUUUUGAAAAGAAAAAGGGAAGAGUUGCCGUCAGAUUAUGGCCAAAAAAAGAAAGGAAACUGAGCCAGUAAUAAAUGGCUUCCCACCAGUGAAAUCACCAUUGACGUCAGUGCUGCUUCUGAAUGAACUCCAUUAUAAAUAGAGAAGACACAAUCAAAUGCAAUGCAACAG